AUGCAUUCUAGCAACAUCAGGAAGUCACAAAACCCUGUGAAGCUUAAGCAGAACAAUGAGGACUCAGCUAACAGAGAUUUGUACACACACGGAUUCCCUUUGAUGGCAUUAUGCAUUGGCUUAUGUCUGGCCGUGCUUCUUGUAGCUCUGGACAACACGAUUCUUUCGGCCGCUAUCCCGCGUAUCACAGAUGAAUUCCAAUCCAUUAACUCAGUGGGUUGGUACGUUUCAGCAUACCUUCUGACUACAUGUGCAUUUCAGCUGAAUUUUGGAAAAUUAUAUACCAUCUUCCCAAUGAGGCCCGUAUUCCUGUUUUCUGUGCUAGUCUUCGAAGCGGGAUCAGCAGUCUGUGGAGCGGCGCCAACCUCGGCUGUAUUGAUUCUUGGUCGUGCAAUUGCAGGCACUGGGUCUGCAGGUAUCUAUUCCGGAGCUCUGGUUAUGCUGGCACAUAGCUUAUUCCUUGUUGUUGGAACGUCAGAACUGACUCCUAUAAGACACCGGUCUUUUAAUGUCCAUGUAUGGUAUAGCGGCUCUCAUCGGUCCUCUGCUGGGGGGGGGUUCACUGAUCAUAUAAGCUGGAGGUGGUGUUUCUAUAUCAAUCUCCCAGUAGGGGCUUUAUCUGUUGUCUUUAUAUUCGUCUUCGUGAAGCCUUUGGCACACAUGGCGACGAGCCGUAGCUGGAGGAACACGCUAUUCAAUGAUUUGGACAUUCCGGGGAGUGCUACGUUACUCCCAGGAGUAGUCGCACUGUUACUAGCCCUACAAUGGGGAGGCACGGACUACGCUUGGUCCAAUGGCCGAAUUAUUACUCUUUUUAUACUGUCUGCGCGCAAGAAAGGCGACAUUGCCACAGUUCCCCCACGUAUUAUUUUACACAGAAGUGUACUAUCUGGAUGUGUCUUUUCAUUUUUGCUGGGAGGGUCGUUCUACACAAUGGUAUAUUUCUUGCCUUUAUGGUUUCAGACCAUCAAGGAAGUAUCCGCCACGAAGUCCGGCAUCAUGUGUAUUCCUUUGCUUCUUUCUAUGGUUGUAUUAACACUUCUGACAGGGAUUACCAUCACAUGUCGAGGAUGCUAUGUACCAUUUUUCUAUAUCUCAGCCAUUCUGUCGAGCAUCGGAGCUGGGCUGCUUACCACAUUGACUAUGGAAACCAGUCCUGCAAAGUGGAUUAGCUAUCAAGUAAUAUACGGCGCCGGGAUUGGCACAGGGUUCCAGCUUGCCAUUGUUGCUUCACAAGAUGUACUGAGCCUUGAGGAUGUACCAGUCGGAACCGCAUUGGUGACAUUUUUCCUAACCCUGGGAGGUUCUAUAUUCACCUCGGUGGGCGAGAAUGUCUUCAUGAACAAGCUUAUCAGCAGCAUUGCGCAGGUGGCCUCUGAGAUUGAUCCUUUAUUGGUUAUCCACUCAGGCGCGAGGGAUCUUAGAUCGAGCCUACCAUCAGGACUCCUGGCAUUUGUACAGCCAAUAUAUAGUUCAGCGCUGACCAUGGCGUGGUGUGUUUCAACGGCACUGUCGGCGGCCUCUAUACUUGGGGCUAUCGGAAUCGAAUGGCGAAAGCUGAAGCGUCCACAAAUGGUUGGAAUUGCUUGA